AUGUAUAAAUAAAAUCUCAAUGAAAAGGAACCAUAUUCGAUGUUUUCGCCAUCUGUCAAUCUAAAUAAAUAGUCGGAUAACACUUAAUCCGGUCUUUUUAAUAGGGAUUAAUAAUCUGUCCAAUAGAUGAGAGAAUAAAUCAGACAACUCAAGAUGCAACUCAGUAAAACUAAUCUGGAGAAGGAAACUGCUAUCCAAGAGAACAACAAGCAAACAAGGGAACUGGAAAGAGUUCAAAUCUAUGUCACUCAACUUGAGGCACGUAUUAAAAUGCUAGAGGAGUCGUUAAUAGCCUAAUAAUCAGAAGCUGAAAGAAAACUAACGUUGUAGAAGUACAUAUUUCCAAAUAUUUCAAUAGAUAACAUUUCGAGUAUUUGAAGUAAUCAACUAUCGAACGAUAAUCGACAGGAAUGUAGAGAGAUUUCAAUUUAGAGAAAAAUGAUUUAGAGAUACAAAUAAAACUACUCAAACAAAGGAUUGUAGAAUUGGAGGAACAACUACAGAAGGUUACUUCGAUUGAUCACAUGUCUGGUUAUGAGGAUUUAUAGAGGUAGAUUGAUUCACUUACUUUGCAAUUGUAAUUCUUAUAUUCAUCUUUAGGAUGAGUCAAAAAGGAUAGGAAAGACAAUUUUUUGAGAAGAUGUAGGAAAUGUAAAAACAAUUAUAAAUAACCACUUCAAAAUAUGAUCAAUUGGUUCACUCCUCCAAAUUGGAGAUAGAGGAAUAUGUAUAAAUAGUUGUUAUCAUUAGGUUGAGAAGAUUACAUUGCUAUCAAAUUAAUUGAAGGAAACUCAAGAAUACACUGAACAAUUGGAAGAUGAAAAGAUGACAUAGCAAUUGCAAUUAUCCCAUCAGUAUUUCUAUAUUAUAAUCAUCUUCUUAGAGUAUUUCUGGCAUACAAUGAAAUCGAAAGAUUGUAAAUUAAGAUUGUGAAGAUCAACAAGAAGAUGAAAUUUCUUGAAGAAUCUCAUAUUUAAUAAUUAGAAGAUCAUUAGCAUUAAUUUGAAAACUAAGUAUAAAUAUCAAGUGAAUUGUUAGCUCAAUUUAAGAUCAUAAAAUUUAUAAAAGGGAUCUAAUGAAUUAAAAAUCUAAUAUGAAUUGAAAUUACAGAAUUUGUAAUUGCAAUUGCAAGAGAGGGAAGAAAUGAUUGGAUAACUAAAAUUAGAAUUGAAACAGAAGUAAUAGAAAAUUGAUGAAUUGACGAAAUAACUUGAUUAGGAAAGACAAAAAAAUAAGCAAUAAUUUGAAUCAUUCACUGUAUAAAUUAGAGAUCAUAAAAAUACAUCUGAAAAAGCAUAUGCUGAAUUAUAAACUAAUUCUAGGGAUCAGAUCAUCAAAUUGUAAUAGUAAAAACAAGAAUAGGAUUCUGUCUUAAAUAGAAUCAAAACUGAAUUGGAAAAUCAAAAAUCCUAAAAUUCUUAAUUGCAAAAUUAAUUAAAUCAACUGCAAUCAGAAUAUGAAUAGAUGAGAUAAUAGUAUGAGUCUUAAAUAGCUAAUUUGAAUCUAGAGAUUAAUCGUCUCAAGACAUAAAUGUAAUAAAUCUCAGGGUAUCUUAUUAAAUUUAAUUAGAAAAUCUUAGUAAAGUCUUGAUGAGUUAUAAUAUUAAUUGGAGGCUUCUAAAUAACAAUAUUAAUAAUUAAUAGAAUAAUAAUAAUAAUUAUAAAAUAGUGUAUCUAAGAAAAAUGAAUUAUACGAGAAUGAAAUAAAACAAUUAAAAUAAAAGUAAAUUAUUCUUUAUAUUCAAAUAUAGAUUAACAUAAGCUACCAAUGAUCUCAAUAAUCUAUAAAAUGAAUUAGAUAAAGAGAAGGACGAGUUUAACAUAACCUUAUAAGAUUACUCAUAAUAAUUCUAACUAAUGGAAAAGAAACUAAAGGACAAGGAAAAUGAGUUAUUACAAUUAAAAAAAACAUUGCAAUAAACAACUGAAAGCUAUAGCGAAUAGGUUACACAAUUGGAAUUGGAAAUCAGUCACUUACAAUAGUAGCUUCAACAAUAAUAGUCUUAAUUCACAUCCCAAUUGAAGAACUCAGAAAAGGAUAAGGAAAAGCUCAAACAAACUAUUAAGGAAAGGGAAAAUGAAAUUUCAUAAUUGAAAUAAACUAUCAAGACGAUGGAAGAAAAUUCCAAUAUCACAAUUUCAUAAUUAGAGAUUUAACUCAGCAAAUUAUAAUAAUAGUAUUAGAACUCAUAGUAAGAGUAAUAAUAGCAAAAAAAUUAGUCUUAAAAACAAAUCUAAUAGAUGACUCAAACAAUAAAUGAGUUAAAAGAAAGAAUUUCAGAGAUGCAACUAGAAAAAGAACAAUUGGAGAAUAGUUUAAAUGAAAGCAUGCUCAAAUCUUCUAAUUCGAAUAAAGAUUUACAAAGACAAAUAUAACUCUUAUAGAAACAGAUAUAGGAAUACGAGAUUAGAAUUAAAUUUGAAGAGAACAAGGGAUCUGACUUGAAUUAAUAAUUGGAAUCACUCUAAGAAGAAUUAGAGCAACUGAAGUUAGAAAUUAAAAAUUAAGAAAGAGAUAAAGAAAAAUUAAAGUCGUAAUUAAAGGAUUAGUAAUUAUAAUAUGAGCAAUUACUUAAAUAGAAAUAAGAUUUAGAGUAGAAACUAUAGAUAAUUACAUAAUAACAUGACGAUUUAACUAACGAAUACAAUGAAUUUUAUAUGAAUUAAUAAUAAUAAUAAGAAUAAUUGUAAGGAAAUAUUCAAGAAAAAGAUAAACAAAUUAAGAAUGCAAAUUAAUAAAUAAACUAACUGAAAUAAAAGAUUUCAGAUUUAGAGAGACAAAUAAUUCAAAUGACUCAUGAAAUAGAAGAAAGAGAUACGAAAUAUAGUGAAUUAGAACAAAAUAACAACAUGAAAUUAUAAAAGUUAAAUAAUGCCAUAGACCAAUAAAAAAGGUAAAAUCAAGAAGAUGAAAAGUUAUGGAAGUCUAAACUUACUCAAUUAUCUGACUAACAUGAAGAGAGGGAGAGAGAAUUACAAUAAGAAAAAGUGGAUUUAUAACAGAAGUUAGAGUUCCAACUUAAUUAAUUGAAGAAAUCAAAGUAAGAGACAGAAUAACGAUUAUCUUAAUUAUAACUAAAGCAUGAUUAAUUAGAAAAUAGCUAUGAAGAUAUAUAGAGAGAAUUCAAUGAUCUUUAAGAUAAAUAUGUUAUAAUAUAAUAGCAAUUCUAAAGUUUAACAAUAGAAAUAUAAUUGCUAUAAAAGUUUAAAUUGGAUACGAAUGACAAUGAAUUGAAAUUCUAAGCAUUGAGAGAUAGUCUGGAAUCAUAAUUGAGAUUAUUACAAACUAAAUAUGAUUCCUUGUUAGCAUCUGAAUAGCAUUUGCAAGGUGAGAAUAAGAAGUUAGAAGAAUAGAAUAAUAUCAGAAUAAGGUAAUUGGAAGAUUUUAGAUUGAAAUUUGAAACUUAAACUGUGUCUUUAGCAGAAUAUGAAACUAUGAAAUAGGAAAGAGAUGAUGUAACAGCUAAAAACUUUCAAUUAAGUUCAUAAGCUCUUAAAGAUAAGUCUGAAUUGUAAAAGUUGAAGAGAGAAAUUGAAAAUUUAAAGGAUGACAUAAAGACUAAAGAAAAUGAAGUUUAGGAUGCAUAUAAUCUUGCACAAUCUAGGUAGACUACAGGAAAUAUACAAAAAAAUGAAACAGACAUGCUCAAAAUUGAAAAUUAAAAACUUCUAAAUUAAAUUAAAGGAUUUGAGGCUAAAAUUAUAGUACAGAAUGAAGAAAUAGAUAAAUUAAAAAGGUAAAAUGAAGAAUUACUUUAUUAACUCUCAUAGCAAAAACUUUAUUCUGAAAAAGUUGAGACUUAAUUGAAUCAAUGUAAUUAAGAAAAUUAAAAAAUUACAUUAUUAUAUGAGUAAGUAAGGGCCAAGUAUGAUUAAGCAUAUGAAGGAAUGAAAAAUGAAUCAAUGUUUAGAGUAAAUAAUUUUAUUACUAUUUAGACUAGGGAAUCAGUUAUGAAUAAAGUUGACGAUGGUAACUAUGUAAAACGAGUAGUCCAAACCACCACAUUGAAUUCAAGGAUGGUGGCAUCAAAAUAUUAAGACUAAGAAUUUAAUUGA